GGGUGGAAAAAGGCGGGAAACGUUCAAGCCAACUUCUUCGUGAGGGGUCGUCCUCGAGGAACGUUAUUCGUUACAAAUAAACCCUACGUGUAUUUUUUUGUUUUUGCCAUCGGCGUCGUAUUUUAAAUUAGGGGUUGCUGCCGUAGCAACACUUGUCAAUUCGUGUACGCGUUAAGUGCGCGUUAAUUUUGAGGGUGUCUAGACAGUUGCGGCCUAGCGAGGUAAAGACAAUCGCCGAUCCUCGGAUGGAUUCUCCGCCUGCAGAGGGAGCUCAGGGCCCGCAGAGGAUGGAGGCUGAGGCGGCUGUCGGGGCCGAGGAGAGAGAACGAUUGUCCGAGUUCUGGGUGGCCACAGAUAAGCUGUUGGAGCGUAUUCCAGCAGCCCUCAAGCUGAAGCACUUUGCGAAGUCUUACCCCAUGGUGUACGCGGACAAUCCCGAGCUGCUCAAGAAAAUCCACGAAAAUUCCAAGGAGCAUCUUCGCAAAGCCAUUAAGGAGGAAAUGGAUCUGAUUGUGUUAGAGGAAGGGCUUGAGAAACUGCUGGGAAGUCUGGAUGAGUUGGCCAAGGGAGCUCCUGUCGAGCCGGCAUGGCGGCCGUCGGGCGAUCCUGCGAGCGACGUCCGCGCCCACCUCCACAAGUACUUGCAGCAGGAGCCCGAGUUCGUGCGCCGCUCCCUGCAGUGCUGCCAAAGGGACACGGCGGCGCUGGCGCAGAGGGUCUUGGACGGACGGCAGCAGAUCCAGGCGCUGCAGGCCAACAUCGCAGCCAAGCGGGCGCAGUGGGAGGAGUGUUACAAGAUCUGCCAAGAAGCGCCCUGUCUCCAAGGCGCAAUAUCGGAUGGCAAGAUUUGAGCUCGGCGUCACCGUAUUUGAAAAUCAUCCGUUCAAACAGACCCUCUCCUCCACUUGCCACUGUCCGAGUGGCCUUUUUACUUACUUAAAUUUAGAUUCAUUUACACACACUUUCCAAACAUACCCUGUAUAAUAAAGAAUUAAAGCUUUCGUGACUGCAUAAA